AAUGCCUUUCUCUAAACUCCUCCAGCUGAGAUUGUAGCUGACAGUCCCGAUCCCUCUUCGACAACAGGAAUCGGUGGUCGAAGUCGGAGUCGAGGAAGACCAGACACCCUGGCAACGCCAGGACCAGCGCUGAAGCCGUCAGCGCGAGAAGGGAUAACCUCAUGACAGCUAUACACACGUAAGCUACACACAAUUUGCGUUCACACAAUAUGCGUUACACACAAGAUACAAGUAACAACUUACAAUUUGCGUUCACCCCUUGCUUGCGUACUAAUCGGAACCGGGCACUGCCCCCAAUGGGUUAUGUCAUUCCUGCAAUUCUGCUGGUGGUUUUUAUCUUGUGGCAUAAACUGGACAGCGUCAGCCUUCUCCUGAACGGCACCAAGCACCCCAGCUUACGGCGGAGUCAGCGUGGGGCUGAAGUGCUAUGCAGCCCGACAAAUUCAUUGACGGGCCACACCUUUCGUGAGUCAGCGUCACCCUCCCUCUUCCCAAGCAGCCGAUGGGUACCUGGGCUGCGGUGGGUGUUUGUCGUGACGCCGACGUACAGACGUGUGACGCAGCGUCUUGACCUUACGCGGCUUUUCAAUACAUUCGCUCUGUUCGCUAACGUGCACGUGAUAGUUGUGGAAGACAGCCUCAACAGAACGGCCAAGGUUGACAACAUAUUGGGGAGCAGCCUCCUACUGCAUUGGUCACACAGGUGAGUGCCACGUGGCAUGACCUCCCAUGGUGGAAUACGUUUGGGAGGCUUCGCUGGGUCCCUCGCUGUCCAGGUAUAUCAAAAGUUCUCGUAGAUUGAAAGUCAGGGGGAGCGAGCAGAGGAAUGAGGGCAUUCGCGCGAUACGAGAAAUCGUGUUCGGUGAGGCGGACGCAGAGCUCAGGAACGCAUAUGAGGUAAACUGAAGUUAAGACUUCAACAGCCGUCGUGUCUCUUCCUAACUUUCAGGAUGCCGUCGUGUAUUUUGCUGAUGACGACAACGCAUAUGACGUUCGGAUCCUGGACGAACUGCGGAAGGUCCGUAAUGUUGGCACCUGGCCGGUUGCGCUCUCGGGGCGUAAGAUCGCCGAGAGAUGCGAAGUCGACACGUCAACGGGAAGGAUCAAAGGCUAUAACUCUGCCCUGGUGGGUGUCAACUCGAGAGCCAGAAAGAGGAGGUGCUGGAGCGAUAAUGCUCAUCUCUCUUCGAUGUAUGUGCGGUGUGUGCGUGUGUGAGUGGGUAAAGAAAUGGCGUCCGUAUCCGAUUGACACUGCAGGGUAUGGCCUGCACGUGAGGUACUUCCUCAAACACGAGCCGCCAUUGAUGUUCAACCCCCUUAGCAAGAUCUACCACCUCGAAAGCGACUUCCUGAAGAUGACGAAUAUCAGCAAAUACGAUUUUGAGCCACUCGCGGACAAUUGCACAAAGGUACUUGGACAGCUUAUGCAGAGGCUACACACUCAAGUGCAUGUCAACUUGCUACGCCGCCAGGUGUACACCUGGCACGUGUCUUCGGACAUAAAGUGGGGUAGGAAGAAGCCGCCGCUAGACUUCGACGUGGAGCUUGACAUCUAGAAAGCCGGGCAUGUAUUCACGACACACAGACUUUCUGGCAUUCUGCACGUGUCUGGACACUUCUGUGGCUGUGGGAGGCUGCCGGACAUGUCAGCAUGCUCCCAAAAGCACUACAUCUG